AUGACCACCAAAUACCAGUCCGUGGCUCUUGAGGCCAAGCUGGCCAAGACAGUGGAGCACCCACUCGACCAUGCCAGCUUGGUUUCCAAGCUCUUCUUCUCGUGGGCGACGCCGCUGUUGUCUUUGGGGAACGAGCGGCAGUUGGACUCGUCCGAUAUUUGGGCCCUCCAGGACGACUACCGGUGCCACGUCACCAGUGCUACGUUCGAGCCAACCUUUUCCAAGUCGCGGUCGAUUCUGUGGACCAUUUUCAGGACGUACGGGUGGCGGUUUGCGUUUAUUGGAGUGUUGCAGAUCGCCACAGUAGGGUGCACGUUGUAUGGGCCGGUGGUGCUUCGUCAGAUUCUGUCGGCCGUGGAAACCAACACGUUCGACGUGCGGGCCAUUUUGCAGCUGAUUGCGUCGCUGUUUGUGGUCAAGCUGGUCGCAGCGCUGCUGUCGGCGCACUCGAGUUUGGAGAACCAGCUCAUUUCCGUGAAAAUCACGUCGGCGCUCCAGCACUUACUGUACCAAAAGACCAUGCAACUGGACUCGAAAUUCCGCCGCGAAAAAACCGCCGGCGAAAUCUCCAACAUGUUUUCCAACGACAUUCAAUGGAUCAUCAACUUUUCCAUCAACGCUAACCAGCUGUGGCUCGUGCCAGUACAAGUGGUCGUGACGCUCAUGAUGUUGUACGACGUGAUUGGGUGGGCCACGUUUGUGGGCGCCGGCGUGAUUGUGCUCACUCUUGUGGCCAACCAUUUCGUGUCCGUGCUCAUUCGCAACGGGUUCGACGACGUCAUGCAGAAGAAGGACACGCGCAUGAAAACGAUCAACGAAGUAUUUGGCGCCAUGCAAAUCAUCAAGUUGAAUGCAUGGGAAGAGCGCUUUGGCGACAAGAUCACCGCCGAACGCACGGACGAACUGGCGGCGCUGUGGCGAAUCUUUGUGCGCACGAGCAUGAGCACAGUCGUCUUGUACCUUGGGCCUGUGGUCGUGACCAUCGUGUCGUUUGCCACAUACACGAUGGUCAUGCACGAGUCUUUGAGUGCCGCCAAGAUGUUUACGGCCCUCACGCUGUUCAAUCUACUCAAGUGGCCACUGAGCGGACUUCCCUACGUGAUCACCACGUUCAUGCAAGCGUUGGUGGCGUUGAAGCGGUUUAUGGAGUUCCUCGACUUGGCCGAAAAGGACACGAGCGCUGUGUGGACCCCUGGCACGACAUCUGCCUCGGAUCUUGCCUCGUACGCGGCCAAGGGGUAUGAUAUCUCGGUGGAACAGGCCAGCUUUGGCUGGGACGCUGCCAAGCCCCUCUUCAAGGACGUCAACUUGAAGGUCAAGCGAGGCGAGUUUGUGGUCGUGCAUGGCUCGGUGGGCGAAGGCAAGUCGUCGCUGUGUGCCGCCUUGUUGGGUGAAAUGGACAAGUACGAAGGAACCGUGUUUGUGGGGGGUCGCGUCGCGUACUUUUCGCAGCAAGCGUGGAUUCAAAACAUGUCCGUCCGCGAAAACAUCCUCUUUGGCCACCCCUAUGACCGCCGUGUGCGUUGUCGAAAGACCUGA